AUGCAGGAUAAUAAGAAAGAAAAGGAAAAUACUCAAGAACUUUCAGUGGGCAUAGAAGUUACUCUUUUAGACGGGAGACUGGAAAAGUUUUGUCUUUCUGAACGUUGUUUGGGUCAGGAGUUAUUUACUUUGGUUAUUAAAAAAAUUGGCUUUUUCGAGUAUGAGUACUUUGGAUUACUUUAUACUGAUUUUGAAGGCAAUCGGUGUUGGAUCGAUAAUAACAAACCACUGACGAAAGUUUUAAGAAAUUCAAGUGCCAGGCCACUAGAGUUCUUAUUCGCUGUUAAAUUCUUUACACCUUAUCCAAACCUUUUAGAAGAUGAUCUAACACGGUAUUUGUAUGCACUGCAAAUAAGAAAUGACUUUUUCCAAGGUCUCCUACACAGUAACCGUAACACCAGUCUUCUGCUUGCAGCAUUCAUUGCACAGUCUCAACUGGGUGAUUUUCAAGAGACAGAAUGUAGAUCUUAUGCCUACUUGAAAAAACAUCAUAUGUUCAGAACAGCUCCUGAUUCUUACCUAAUGCGUCUUAUGGAACUUCAUCAAACGUUAAUAGGAAUCACAAAAUCAGAAGCUGAUUAUCGUCUUUUGGAUGCUGCUCGAAAAGUUGAGCUGUAUGGGAUUCGUUUGCAUGCUGCUAAGAGUAUGGAAGAUAGAACAGUGAAUAUGGGAGUUAAUCAUAUUGGCAUAAUGAUAUUUGAAAAGUUCUCUCGUGUAAAUACCUUCAAUUGGUCAAUGAUACGUAAACUUAGUUUUAAACGUCGCAAAUUACUACUUAAGCUUCAUAUGGAAGCGUAUGGUUAUGGAAAUGAUACCAUUGAAUUUUCAUUUCCUACUCGUAAUAGUUGUAAAAACUUUUGGAAAAAAUGUAUUGAACAGCAUACAUUUUUUCGUUCAAUAUCUCCAUAUGAUACUAGACAGGCAGGAACAAUUCAUCGUGGUUCCAGUGUAUUCUCACAUUCAUCACCUGGAAAUCUUUUCACAUUCCCAUUUACAAAACUACGAAGAUCUGCUAGCUGUGGUGCUAACACUUUAUCUAACUCACGAGGAACAUAUAAACGUGCUGAUGAAGAGAAUUCUGAGACUUCAAAUAGAAAAAGUUCACAAACUUCACAUCUUAGUACACCGGUCAAACGAUUUGCUCAUCUUAAUCUUACUGGCUCAAGUUUUCAUUAUACAGGACGUACACAAAAACAGCUUAUGGAAUCCGAUCCGGAACAUUUAAAGUUUUCAUCUGAAUACAAUUCAUCUAGUCUAAAAGUUAAUCCAUACUGUGAUGAUGGUGAUCAUAGCAGUAAUAAUAAUAGAACAGCAUCAAUGCGUAAAAAAUCACACUUGUUAACUAAGCUACUUGCUCAAAAAUAUCCACUGACUACUGGUGGUGGUUUUGUUGGUGGAGGUAGUGAUCAUUUUGAGUUAUUUCGUCUUUCAUUUACUUCACUCAUUCCAUAUCCAUCAUCAACAUUGAACAGCAAUAACAAUGGUAAUAAUAAUAAUGAUCUGUAUGAUAAUUCGUCCACUUUGUAUGGAAAAAGUGGUUUCAAAUGGAAUUGUAAUCGUGCUGUAAGUACAUCAUCAAUUGAUCGUCAAGUAUCCUCUUGUCGACGUAAAGUUAGUACACAUUCAUAUGUUCCUCGUCAUUUUUCUGGUACUAUAAGUAGACAAUCUUCUGUAUCCCAAGAUGUACACACCAUCGAUUGGUCUGACAGUAAAUAUUACAAUGGACAGUCUACUUAUACAAAUCACUUAACAAAACGUCCAUCAGAAGGUUGUUUGUCUAAAAGCUCUACAAAUAUGUUUAAACCAUGUGUCAAUGAAUCGCCUAAUUCAUCUUCAUGUUCGCUAACAUCAGAAUCCUAUCCAAGACCAGUAUCCUAUGAUGAACCGAUAGAUCAUCCACAGUAUUUGUUAACGUCAAAAAGUGAUCUGUCUAAUCUACAAAUCACUGAGUUAGAUUAUAGUGCAGAUGAAAAGGAUACUUCACCUUUGUCUGUAAUUUCUACUAAACAAAAUUUAAAGAAUUGUACAUAUGCAAUACAAUCCCCAUUAAUGACAUCUUUACGUCAGUUUGGUGAAACAGAACUAUCGAAUAAUCAUCAAGAGUUAUUAGACAAAGAAAACUAUUCGGGUUCCCAUGAAAGUUUACAUCGUCAUUAUACAACAUGGGACAAUGAUCAUCAACAGAAGAUUACUUCUCCUGCUACUGAAAACGAUGCAGAUUCACAUGUCAUGGACAGAUACUCGGCAGAUGAUCAUCAAGACAUAGACGAUAAUGUAUCUGAAACACACUCACCAUAUCAAGUUUCACUUGACAACUUUGAAGCAUUCUCUCAAGAUGAUGAUGCUGAAGAAGCAGGGAAUGAAAAAUACGAUGAAGAGGAUAAAACAAGUCAAUGUCGAAGCCAAAAUGAUUAUGCACCAAAUGGAAAUGUUUCAAUGGAUACAAGUCUCGUGGAUUUGCAAUCCCUUGGAAAAUCUCAUGAUAAUUCAUUAUUCAACAGUUCAAUAGUAUUUAGUGAAGAGAUAUCAUUAGACGGGAAUAAAAGUCGUCUUUUAUCUACAACUGAUAUCGCACAUAGUGAAUUAAUUGAUGAUUUGGAAAGUGAUAUUCAAUCAGAUCAAUAUGUACAUAUGGAUGAAGCUCCAGAAAGUUUAGCUGAUGCGAUCUCACUAGGUGCAAUCUCUUUAAUUACUGGUUUAUCAGAAGAUGAUGAACAUGAUCCCAAUGAUGGUGAUGGUGAUGGUGACGACGAUGGUCGUAGAUACAAUAGCAGUAAAGCAGAGAAUAUAUUGAAUGUAAAUUCAGUCUAUCUUGAAUCAGAUAACAGUGUAAAAGUGAAACAUGCAAAGAGUUUGACGCAUUUACCUAGACGAGAAGUUAUUUCUGCUCUAACAUUGGACUCUUCGAAUAUAAAUGCUCAAGGAAUAGUAGAAUCUGAUAAACAAUCUUUGAAUGAACCGACUUGUAAACUUGUUCGAGUAAAGUCACAACAAAUAUUCUCAAACACGGAUGCAUCAUUUAGACAACAUCGUCAUCAGCAGCAGCAAAUGGAAGCUGAAUCGUCUGCUCCUUCAGUAAUGUUGUCUACACCUACAUUGAAUGGUACGGCAAACCAGGUUGACCAGAAAACUUAUGAGUUGUUGAAAAUCGCUUCAGGAUGUCUGGAUAUAUUCAAAGAAGUUCUGUUGACAGAAACUAUGUACAAUCAUGAUUUGGAGUUUUUGCUAGCGGCUCCAUUGGACAUUGCUAAUUCACUCCAUGUGAUCCCAUUAAUCAACUGGUUACAAAAUCGUCUUCUACCAGCGGUUAAACCAAUCUACGAUAGACAAGUAUCACUUUUACAUCAACUCAAGAUUACUGUAUCUACACUGAAGCGUUUGAUUUCAAGAGUAAAACUUCUCAGUAAACAAGUAUUCUCUAAAUCCAAAGAUAAUGAUGGUGAUGGUGAUAAUGAUGAUGAUGAUGAUGAUGGUCCAAUGCGGCAUUUAUUCCCAUCUUCUGUAAAAAUCAAUCAUGAUUCCCUGAUAUCAAUGCAUCAUAUAUCAAAAAGUUGUGUCAGUUCUUCAGAAUUAUCACUAUCUCAUACUACGACUACUGCAUCACAUGUGAAUGAAAUUGAAGAAUUGUCUACCUCUGAAAUAUCAAGUUGUCGUCUUUCACCACAAUUUAUUAAACAUAAACACAAAAAGUGUGCAUUACAUGCAAUAUUGAAAGAAUUACAAAAUCUUAGUUGUUGUAUAAAUUUAUUAAUGAAUUUACUAGACCAAUUACAAUGUUAUGAAGCAUGGAUCAAGAAUUCAGUGAAUUUACUUACAGAAUUAUGGUUACUGGCGUUUUCAGAUGUGCUUUCUUCACAUCCAAACAAAGAUACUGAGACAGCUAAUAAUCGGCUGAAUGGAAAAUCAAAAACUCAAAUCACAGAUUCUGACGAUAAUAAUAAUAGUAAAACAACUGAGAAUAUCCAACCCUUCAGUGAUGAAUAUUCGCCUACAUUAAUACGUAAAGUGUUGCACAGUUUCGAAGAAGAAUCAUCAUCUCUUGGUUCUAUAUGGCAUUAUUUGUUAUUACCUAGUCGACGUUUUAGAAGUUAUUGUCAUUUGCUACAAUCCUUAGUGGAUCAGUUGUCGCUUCACUCAUGUUCUGUUUUAUGUAAAGCUGUGUUUAGCCACUUCUUAUUAACCUGUCGGUCGUUGGACACUACACUCGAUCAAGCUGAAAGAGUUGCACUAGCAUUCCAGUUAUCCGUGAUUGUUUUUCCCUUGGAGAAAUUCUUUUUCACUUCAGAUGAAACUAUUCAAAACCAUAUCAAUAUGUCAACAGGUGAUAAAGAAGAUCAGCAAAAUGCUAAGCUGAUAACUGAUGAAUGUCGAAUGAAGGAUGCUGAAUGCAAUGAUGAUGAUUACGGUGAUGAUGUUGUUGCUGACAGAUUACAAGGGAUUUCAACUUGUUUGUUGCACUCCUUGACCACUUAUCCAUUGAUUCGUUUUGGUUGGUUAAAUAAAUAUUCACGACGUGGAUUUCAGCCUAGACUGAUUUUCCUCUUUACUGAUCGUUUAAUCUAUGCAAGUCGAAUUCGUGGUGUACUUGGUUUAUACUUAAAACUUCAUGGAAUUUUAUCACUUGCAAAUACUAUUGUUGAAAGAAACAUUCCGCACAAGAAUCACGACAGCGAUUAUUCCCUUUCAGAUGAAAAUAAACAAUCAGUUUAUUUAAAAUUUGGUCUAGUAGUAACCUAUGCAACACGUUCACCAAUUCAUAAAUCAUCAGAAGAACCAGAUUCAUGUGUACUAAGUAGAAAUUCCGAAAAAAGUGACCAUCGUCGACAUAUGAAAUCACAAUCUCCGUGUCGUUACAGACUACGUAAACAUCGUAAACGUUUUAUAUUUGGUGUUCCAAAUCAAUCUGAUUAUGAAACAUGGAUUAAUGAUAUCAGUCGGUUGUCUGAAGAUAAUAAAACAGAGACAACUAAUGAGGCGUCAGCUGUUAAUGAUUCUAAAAUGUUUAACUCUGUUCAAAUGGGUAAAUAUUCUGGAGUUGUUCGUCUACGUGAUUCAUGUACUUCAAAGCUUAUCUAUUCACAAGUUGCACAAAGAUGUAUAAAAAAUACUAACACCUGUCAAUAUCAUUCAGAUUCUGGUGGAUUACAAACAACUUCUCAUAAGUCAACCCUUUUAACUUCAUCAUACAAAAAUAAUUUGGUUGAAUUUUGUUGGCGACAACAUUCAUCAAUUUCAUGUAUUAAAUUGUUAAAUAUUAUUGAUGAUGAAAUGUCUGGUUACUUAUUUCGUCUUUCUAAACGUGGAACUGGUAGUAGACAAAAACUAUGGGCUAUUCUAUCAGAUUUAUGCUUAAAAUUCUAUAAAACAUAUCAUCACUAUAAACUAUUAGCACGUUUAUGGUUAUCCUCUGAUAAAUGUACUAUUGAAUUAAUAACACUGAAUUCAUUACCAUUUGAACAUGAUUCUACUGGAGUUGACUGUGAACACCACCGUCAUAAACGUCGUCACCAUCAUCAGCAGCAGCAGCGGCAACGAUAUCGUCAUCAUGUUGUAUAUGGUCAAGCUAUUAAAAUUUCUCAUAAUUCUAAAGAUUAUUAUUUUCAAGCUGAAAAUGAAUUUCUUUUGAAAAGAUGGUAUAAUUCAAUUUUAAAUGUAUUAAACUGUUCAACAAGUGAACGCGGCCAAAUUGAAAAUACACUAACAGACGAUGAUUUAGCUCUAGUCAAUGAAUCAAUAUCAACAUCAUGCCUGUCAACAACGCCAGAUGCCAAACUGAUAUUCACCUGCAGAUCUGUAUCUUCUGAAAAACCUAAAGAACAAUUCGAAGUCAAUAAUGAGUAA